CGCCGCUUGCCCCGCCCGGCGGUUGUGGGACGCGGGCUCCGGGAAGGGCCGGGGCUGGAAGGCGCCCGCCCUCCCUCCGUAUCCGGGUGGUUGCUCCCGGGCGCGGCCGGACCGCCGGAGCCGGUGCCAGGCGAAGAUGGCGUAUCCCGGACAGCCGGCGCCCGGCGGGUUCUACCAGGGCGGGUAUGGAGGAGCUCCAGGAGGACCAGCAUUCCCUGGACAAGCUCAGGAUCCUUUGUAUGGUUAUUUUGCUGCAGUAGGAGGGCAGGAUGGACAAAUAGAUGCUGAUGAGCUACAGAGAUGUCUCACCCAGUCAGGGAUUGCAGGAGCGUAUAAACCUUUCAACUUAGAGACUUGCAGACUUAUGAUCUCAAUGCUGGAUAGGGAUAUGUCUGGUACACUGGGAUUUAAUGAGUUUAAAGAACUAUGGGCUGUGGUCAAUGGCUGGAAGCAACACUUUGUAAGUUUCGACAGCGAUGGAAGUGGCACAGUGGAUCGUCAGGAACUUGAGAAAGCCUUGAUGACUAUGGGAUUUAGACUGAGCCCACAGGCUGUGACUGCAAUCACAAAGCGAUACAGCACUCAAGGAAAGAUUGCGUUUGAUGAUUACAUUGCCUGCUGUGUGAAACUCCGCGCUCUCACUGAAUGCUUUAGAAGAAGGGAUACAACUCAGCAGGGUUUUGUGAACUUCCACUAUGAUGAUUUCAUACAGUGUGUUAUGAGCAUCUAAAUCAAAAGGAAGCAAGCUGUGGAUGAUCAUGAUUUAACAUUCCAGUAUGUGUUUUGCUUUGCCAAGUUCUCCAAUGAUUGUGUAUCUCAAUACUGGAAAUUGCAUAUUUUAUGAAGGCAUCCCUUUUUACACAUUUUUAGUCUUGAUAAUGAAUAUGAACUACUCAUGUACUGUUUAACUUCCAAUCUGUGAUUAUGAAAGCUGCUUUUAUUUUCAUAAACUUGCAAUUCACCAUGUAUAACUCAGAUCACGCAAAUGGUAAGAUUUUCAGUAUGUGUCUACUUUUUUCCCAUGAUUCACUAAAGUCAGUUUCUGGAAUGCAACUUACCAUUUUCUGACUUAAGCAGUAACAUGUAUAUGACUUAAGAGGGUACAUAUUUUCUUGUCUUUGACAACAUAGGACAGAUGUACAAACUAAAAGGGAUUUUGGAAUGGUCAUUUUGCACUGGCAUGUUAAAACAUCAGUAAGUUUUGGCUACUUACUUUGUCAGCUCUUUUGAAGAUGAAGCCUGUGACACCAUGCACUGAGUGUAAGACUACCUGCUAGAACUUCUUCUAAGCAGGGAUGCAACAAAACAUAGCAGAAAAUUCUUCUAGCCUUGUGCCCUGGUACCAGGGGCUUUGUUCUUGUAAGAUUCUUGCUUUGUUUGUGUCACUACAUAAAACACUUUUAAACAUAAAAAAGCUGUGCUGUGUCAGUUUGUGCAUCAACUCUUCCUUCACAGGCAGACAGACAGGCUUCAGUUACGUGUAAAUAAAUGUUUCUAUCUCCUCCACUUUAACCCCUAGCAAGUGGCCUUCAUGCCUCAAUAUGCCAGCUAACACACAAGGGCCAAAACCCACUAGGAAAAAGAUUCUUGCCAUGUUACUCUUUCAGAUCACAGCAGUAGUUACCAAUGAAAGCAGAUACAGGCAAGGCUUACUUGCCUGAGGCUCUUCAGGGGGGGGAAAUGGGAUUUUUGUUUGAUGGAUGUUUUAUUGUUGCUUUUGUUGUAGGGAUUUUUAAGAAAUGGGGAAGAUGGACGUUGUAUGGAAAGGGAACGGCACAACUGUACAGAGAUAGUACAAACUUUUUUCCAAUAAAAUAAGUUAAUGAAA